UUUGGUUUUAAUAGAGCACAUCCGCAUCACUGGAGCUGCACGCGUGGAUGAAGCUGUGCCUUCAGCUCUUGCUAGUUUUUGUCGACCAACCAAAAAUAGCUCAUCGCUCUCCUUUAAGGCCGAGCGCGGCGCCCGUGAGCGUUGUGUCGGAGACUGUCUGCGCUGGUCCGGCUAACAUUAGCUGACUGACCUGCUUGGCUCAAAGCAGGACGGAUUUCACGGAUGACAAUGUUUUAUUUUUAGACUACGCAGCAUUUACGAGGCGGCGAAUGGUAACCAGGAGAACACAACAGGAACGAGGAGCCGUCAAUGCAAAGAAAGAGGAUCCAUGGCAAAGUGGCUGAAGGACUACCUAAACUUUGGCAGCAGGCGUGACCCUCCACAGCCCCCGAGACCAGAUUACAGUGAGAGUGAGAUUUUAAGGGCAUACCGAGCUCAGAAGGAGCUAGACUUUGAGGACCCUUACCAACACUGUGAUAAGGAGCACCAGAAUGGUGGUUUCAGCUCCUGCAGUGCCACACUGAGCCUUCCCUCCUUCCCUGAGUUUAGUUCGGUACUGCCCAAUGGUGUGGAGGUAAAGGUGGUGUCACCAAAACACAGACUAAUUAAGGUGGACUCUCAGGAGUUUGGACGUUGUAAAAUCCCCCUGAGUCCAGUCACGAUACAAGAAGAACCUGUGGUUCCCUCUGCCCCAGCAGCUUCUGACGCUGACACAGACUACUCAGACCCAUUUGAUGCACGUCUAGACUCGAGGGCACGCUGGGAACCCACCCCUGUACCAACAGACUGCUGCAGUUAUAUGGAACCAUUUGAGGCACAGCGGAUUAUCUCAGAACUGCCAAACAGCAUGAUUACAAACAGAUCUGGGGGUGGAGAUGGCACCCAGUUGUAUGAUAAUCCGUAUGAGGAGAGAGUGCGUCAUCACCAUCAAGCUGCUCCAGAGCAACCUCAAACUCACAAGACUGAGGGUAGACUUGGCCUGUUAGACGGCAGGGAGAGCAGGCUGCCUCAGGAUGAUGAGAGGCCAGCUGACGAAUACGACCAGCCCUGGGAGUGGAAGAAGGACAACAUCUCCAAAGCUCUAGCAGUUCAGUUUGAAGGGGCAGACAGAGAGCGCUCGUGGGCUCCGUCAGAACAGACCAGGCUCACCAAGACCGGCACCACAUCUGCUGCAGCUGAGACUAGUACACUGCGCCUAGUUGGCGACACUCCUCCUCUGCUGGGAGAGAGAGUAGACCCGUUUGUGCCACUAGAGAGACAAGUGUGGUACCACGGAUCCCUGAGCCGGGCAGAUGCAGAGAGUUUACUGACUCUGUGCAAGGAGAACUCCUACCUGGUUAGAAACAGCCAGACGUGCCGCAACGAUUACUCACUGUCGCUCAGAAGCUGCAAAGGCUUCAUGCACAUGAAGUUCACUCAGUCUGCAGACGGAUGCUACGUGCUCGGGGAGAACAGCCCCCCCUUCUCCUCUAUCCCUGAGGUCAUCCACUACUACACUACACACAAGCUGCCAAUCAGAGGCGCUGAACACAUGUCCUUACUGUACCCUGUCAUUGUGCAGACCCUCUGACGCUGACACUCAUACACUCUUUAUCCUGGUGCUACUGAACACGAUAUAUCCUCAAUAUUUAUCUGUUUCUGUCUCUACGUCUUCACUGCCAUUAUACCUACACUGCUUGCAGAGUCUAAACUGUUUGGUGGCAAUGUAUUUCCCUUUUCUUCUUUUUUAAUAAAUACCAUACCACCGUAACUACACUGGCACUCGGCGCUUGUGAACUGGUAUUGUCACUGAAAUGCAAAAACAGAUUCCUGAAAGCGAGUAAGUGAAAUGUAACGAUCGGUAGCUGCUGAUUACUAGAGGACAAACUGUGGUCUUGAGAUUUCCCAACACAGUAGAAUGCCGGAAUAUUGCAUGGAGGUCUCUAUUGGUGUAGUGCCGAGACCGACCGUGCUGCCAGCUCAUAGAAAAGAUAAAACCGGUCCUUUUUGGCAGAUUUCCAGUCCAAUGUUUAUGUUUUAAAUGUAUAAAGAAAUCAAAACGCAGUAAAGAAGUCGGGGCAUGGAGAGUUAAACAGACGUAGAAAGUAGAAAUACAGUCAAAUGUGCUGCAAUACUGUUAAUAUCCUUUAAAUGUUUGUUCCAGUACCAAACAACACUACGUGUUUACCCUGGCUGUCUGCUGGCUCCAGGGUUUCUCAGAAGCCUGUGAAUGUUCUAUGAUGCUGUAGCUGCGAGCUCUGCACUGUCCUCCUCAGUUUAUCGUGUUCUACUGUGAGCAGGGCAGAAUGACAGUAUGUCAGACUUGUCCUGUUAACGUUACACAUUGACUGACUCCUGCAAUACAAUUUUAGAGAAUAAUAACUACAGUAUUAUAUGAGAGGCAUGUGGCUUUGUGGACUUGACUAUUAAAGCUUUGUAGAUUGUUUACUGUGCUGUUUUUAUACGAUUUUAAAUGUCUGAAAAUAAAAAUAUACAAUGUUGCUUUUUAAA